AUGGAAAGGCAUCCUGGACGGUUGGUGGUGGCCGUGGCCGCGGCCAUCCUGACCGCUCUGUCCUUCCCGGGGCAGCACGCGGGGACGGUGAGUGCCGCACCGCUGAAUAGCGCGAGCCUGCGGGAAACGCUGGUAGACGACGAGUCACUGGAUCCGGUUCGCUGGAAGGACGCCAUCGGGGAGGACGUAUACCGGGCGAAGCGGGCAAAGAUGCGGCUCGAGAUGUGGUCGGCCGCCAAUGCCGUCAGGGAGCUGUUGGAGCAGCUGAAGAACGCUCGCAAGGGCACCUUCGCAACAACCACGACGACGACAGCAGCGCCGACAACGACGACGACGACGACGGGGAAGCCGUACGUGAGGGUACCGAAGGAGCGGAUCGCACGCCACAAUGGCGACGGUGAUGACGCGGCCGUGCCACAGUUCAACCCGGACGGGACGAUCAUGCUCCAGCUGCCCGGGAAGCUGUUCGGCAACGCGACAAACUUUGUCCUGAGCGCGGCCAAGCUGUUCGGUGACUUCAUUACGAAUACGGCCAUCCGGACCGCCCGGUUCGUGCAGCUCUUCCAACCGAUCGCCGGACGCCAUUUGUUCGUUCAAAUUCCCACCCCACCGAGUCACCACCACGAAAGAUGA